AAGUUUGUAAAGCGCGCGCAGUCUGUAUCAACCACUUGUAAGGCGUACUUGCUCUCGAGCUUCACCUCCGUGGGAAAUAUCGCUGAGUCUCGCUUCAAUUACGCAUCACGAGAUAUACGUAGCGCGUAUCAUGACGUCGCGAAUCGUGAGCAUCAUCGCUUUGUGCAUCUUGCUGAGCGACGCACAUAAACUCGACAAUGAAGUAAAGCGUGCAUACUGGAGCAAAAUCGAAGAAAACGCUGAGGCAGGGAAGAUAAAGUCGUUGUACCCAUCUGUCGAGUUCCAGGCGCGUUCGAUUGGGUUCGACAAUGAUCAAGCCGAUCAGCCGAGGCGUACCCAAACCUUAGAAAAUCUGUCACCAGCUUUAAAGGCCAGAUGCGUCGUUAAUCAAGCUGAUUGGGCGGCCGUAGCGACGAUAAGCACAAGGAAUGAUGUUGAAAGCUUUCCCGUUGCAAAUUUGAUCUCCAUCGCCGACGGGCCUGUUGGAAACGGUACUGGAAUACCGUACAUGUACCUCACCCCUCUCGACUAUACCGCUCAGGACCUGGCUAAAGAUCAUCGUGCAUCUCUCCUGGUUUCGCUAACUCAAGGCAACUAUUGUAAGGAUAAGGGAUAUGAUCCGAUGGACCCGCGAUGCGUUAGAGUCAUGCUAACUGGAAAAAUCAAAGCAGUGAAGAACGAGACUGAAGAACACGAGAUCGCGAAGCAAUUAUUUUUCGGUCGUCACCCGAAAUUAGGGAACAUGCCCGCAAACCACAAAUUCUUUUUCGCCAAGAUGGAGAUGUCAGUGAUUGCCAUGCUAGACACCUUUGGUGGACCAAAAUACAUUUCUAUCAACGAUUACUUCAACACACCAAGUUCAACCUGCCAAUCAUUUCGUAGCGACUUGUUUCAUGAAAGAAUCCAGCGUUUCUAUCCAAGCCUAUUCGAUAACUAGACAUAUUCUGUUAGAAUCCGAUCCUGAUAAUCCAAAUAGUCUCAAGGCUUGAUGACAGUUUUUUGGAUACUCUAGAAAAAAAUUUUAUGAAAUUAUUUUUAUAUUUUUCUAGUGACUUGUGAGUUUAAGAAUGAUGUAUGUCAAACCUAUGCUUGAACGACUGAAUCAGUUUAUUAUAAAUUUUGAUAUUUGUAAUAAAUUAUAUAUACUUACAAUAAAUUAAAUAUUACAUGA